AUGCCUAUUAAAAAGAUUAAACUUGACAAUAGCGUCAAAAAAUCCGAAAAUUCUAACGACGAUCAGAAAAAGGCAUCAUCCAACGUCAAUUAUAUAUUUUACUUUGAUGGGGACGGAAAAAUAAAAUGCGACAUCGGCGGUGUCGAUAACAUUGAACUUCUAAUAGACUCUGGAAGUAAUCAUAACAUAUUGACCGAUAAAACAUGGACUUUUCUUAAAAGUUGCAAUAUACAGGCUACAGAACAAAAUGCAAACCCAGGGAAAAUAUUUAUGGCGUACGGUAGCUCGGUACCCUUGACAGUGCUAGGUUCUUUCCAAGCUGUAGUUAAAAUCGGAGCAGAAGAAAAAAAUAGUACCUUUUACGUUAUCCAAGGCGGGACACGAGAUUUACUCGGUAAAGAAACAGCUACAGAUCUUAAAGUCCUCAAAUUAGGUUUGGACAUCAAUGCGGUAAGUGAAUCUCAAAAUCAGGGACCUUUCCCCAAGUUUAAAAAUAUAACACUAGAUAUAGCAAUAGAUAAGACAGUAACACCUACUAGUCAACCAUGUCGACGAAUUCCAGUACCUCUGGAGGAGAAAGUUAACAAAAGAAUUGACGAAUUAAUAGAGUUGGAUAUAAUAGAACCCGUGAAUAAACCAUCCAGGUGGGUGUCUCCUAUAGUACCGGUGUUGAAAAGUGACGGAAGCGUUCGUCUUUGCGUAGAUAUGCGGGUAGCUAACAAAGCAAUUCUUCGAGAGCAUUAUCCCCUUCCCACGAUGGACAAACUCUUGCCAAAAUUUAGGAAAGCUCGUAUUUUUUCUAAAUUAGACAUUAGAGACGCCUUUCAUCAGAUCGAGAUUAGUGAAGAGAGUCGUCAUAUCACUACGUUUAUCACUACACGAGGACUUUUCCGUUAUAAAAGGCUGAUGUUCGGCAUCUCUUGUGCACCAGAACUAUUCCAAAAAACACUUGAGAGAAUUUUGUUACCUUGUGAAGGAACGCUUAACUUUAUCGACGAUAUUAUUGUUUACGGCAGGGAUGAACGAGAACAUCAAACCCGCUUGGAUCGCGUUUUGGAAGUCCUAAAAAAAUAUAAUGUAACUCUCAAUAAAAAGAAAUGCGUCUUUAAUGCUAAGGUAGUUCAAUUUUUAGGUCAUCAGCUGUCGUCGGAAGGGGUAAAACCUUUAGACACGUACAUAAAAAGUGUGGAUACAUUUAGAGAACCCAAAACUAUUGAAGAAAUUCAAAGUUUUCUCGGUUUAUUGAAUUACGUUAAUAAAUGGAUCCCUAAUUUUUCAACCACCACUGAGCCUAUCAGGAAACUCUUAAAACUAAAAAUUGGUCUCAAGUCUGACCUAUCGAAGUACUGGGAACAAGAGCAAAAAACUGCUUUUGAUCGACUUAAAACUCAACUCCAGAAUAUACAAAGUCUGGGAUAUUACGACCCGGAAGAUCAAACUCAGGUAUUAGCAGAUGCUAGUCCCGUUGGACUUGGGGCUGUACUAGUGCAAAUUGAUGAUAAAGGACCCCGAGUUAUUGCUUUUGGUAAUAGGAGCCUAUCGGAGGUUGAAAAACGGUAUUGUCAAACGGAGAAGGAAGCUUUAGCCUUAGUUUGGGCCGUAGAGCACUUUCAUAUUUAUCUGUAUGGUAGGAAAACAUUCGAUCUUAUAACGGACCACAAACCGUUAGAGGUAAUUUUUGGACUCAGAUCUAGGCCUUGUGCAAGGAUUGAACGUUGGGUUUUGCGCCUGCAGUCAUACAAUUAUCGUGUCGUAUACCGCCCUGGGAAAAACAAUAUAGCCGACCCAUUCUCUCGUUUAUGCCAAUUCACUCAUAAUACCUUCGAUCGCGAAGGUGAAUCCCAUAUAAACCAACUUGUUCAAUAUGCGAGACCCUGCGCAAUCCCUAUGCAGACGUUGAUCGAAUGCUCUGAAGCAGAUGAGGAGAUCCAAUUAGUAAAGGAGGCUUUAAACACAAACAUGUGGGAGCCUCGAAUUAUCCAGUAUCGUAUAUUUCAAACCGAACUCUGGACUCACGACGGCAUUCUCCUGAGGAAUGAUAAAAUUGUUAUUCCCACCAGUCUUAGGAAACAAGUUUUAGAUGCAGCUCAUGAAGGUCAUCCGGGCAUCGUAGCGAUAAAAGGUCGAUUGCGCACUAAAGUCUGGUGGCCUAAAGUGGAUAGAGAUGCAGAGGCUAAAGUUAAAAGCUGCCGGGGAUGCACUCUUGUAACUGCUGGGAAUCCCCCAUUACCAUUAAAAAGACGCCAGUUACCAGAUCAACCUUGGCAAGACGUCGCGAUAGAUUUUCUUGGUCCACUGCCGUCGGGACAUUACUUACUGGUAAUUGUGGAUUAUUACAGCAGGUAUAAGGAGAUAAAAGUUAUGAAAUCAAUUACCACAGCAGAUACCACGACAAUGUUGAAAGAGAUAUUUUCAAGAUUGGGUAUACCCAUAACCCUGACGGCCGACAAUGGAAGACAGUUCACGAGCCAAGACUUUAAAAAUUUUUGUCAAGAAAUGGGUAUUAAAUUACUGAGUACGACUCCUUACACUCCUCAGGAGAAUGGCGAAGUCGAGAGACAAAAUCGGGAUAUCCUUAAACGUCUACAAAUAAGUCAAACUUUAAAAUCUGAUUGGCAGUCAGAUCUUUUAGAUUACUUAAUGAUGUGCAAUAGUACACCCCAUAGCUCGACAGGCAAAACACCCGGUGAACUUUUCUUUUCCAGGAAAUUUAGAGACAAGUUACCAUCGAUAGUUCGAGAGAAGAGUGGAGUUGAUGGGGAAGUAAGAGAUAAAGACACUAUAAUGAAAGAGAAAGGAAAAGCAUACGAAGACAGAAGAAGGAAAGCUACAGAAUACGGAAUAGAUGUUGGAGAAAAAGUGUAUGUGAAAAAUGUGUCAAAAGGAAAUAAACUUACUGCCCCAUUCAACCCCACCCCACACACAGUACUCAGCUCCAGUGGAAAUGAAUAUAAUGUAAGGAACGACGAUACAGGCCAUGAGUAUAGGAGGAACAUCGUGCACCUAAAAAAAGUUCAAGGCGAAUGGCAAAUAUAUGAUCCGGAAAAGCACGCACAAGAUGUACCACUCGACAGUAAUGAGGCACUGGAUAGUGACAAGAAUGAAUAA